GAGAGGCGCUCCCCGGCUCGGGGCUGGGGAGUCACAGCUGCUCCCCGCCAGAGCCCUGCGGGAAGGUGUCCAGUCUGCAUGUGCGGCAGGAAGCCUCGUCCCCAACUCUGGAGGGGGUCAAGCCCCGCUGCCUCCGCCCCUCUCGUGACUGACUCUCAGCCCUAGAGCCCACCCUUCUGUUUAGGCUCUGUCACUCCUGAUCGUUUGUCUCCCCAGGGAUCUCGAGCCGGGUCUGUGCUGCAGCGAGAGCCGAGGCAAAAUGUCCCCAGAAUCCAAAAAGCUGUUCAACAUCGUUAUUUUAGGCGUUGCCUUUAUGUUUACGUUCACUGCCUUUCAAACUUGUGGAAAUGUGGCGCAAACUGUUAUCAGAAGCUUAAACAGCACAGAUUUUCAUGGCAGUGGAUAUACCAGCCUAGCAAUUAUUUAUGGAGUGUUCUCUGCUUCAAACUUGAUUACACCUUCGGUUGUAGCCAUAGUGGGACCUCAACUAUCUAUGUUUGCUAGUGGUUUGUUUUAUAGCAUAUACAUUGCCGUUUUUAUCCAGCCUUUCACAUGGUCCUUCUACACAGCAUCUGUUUUCAUUGGGAUUGCAGCUGCUGUAAUUUGGACAGCACAAGGAAAUUGCCUUACAGUAAAUUCAGACGAAAAUACCAUUGGAAGAAACAGUGGAAUUUUCUGGGCACUGUUUCAGUCCAGCUUGUUCUUUGGAAAUCUUUACAUUUAUCUUGCUUGGCAAGGAAAAACUCAAAUAUCAGAGAAUGACCGAAGAACAGUUUUUAUUGCUCUGACGGUGAUUAGCCUUGUGGGGACAGUUCUUUUCUUUCUCAUUAGGAAACCAGACCCUGAUAAUGUAUUGGGAGAUGAUGAGUCCUCUGAUAAUGAAAGUCUGGAAGUCAACAUGUCUGUACAGAACAACAUGACAAAGGCAGUAGAUGCAUUUAAAAAAUCUCUCAAAUUGUGUGUCACUAAAGAAAUCCUGUAUCUCAGUGUUACAACUGCCUAUACAGGCUUGGAAUUAACAUUCUUCUCUGGUGUAUAUGGAACAUGUAUUGGUGCUGUAAAUCAGUUUGGCACAGAAGAAAAAAGCCUUAUUGGACUUUCUGGCAUUUUCAUCGGCAUUGGAGAAAUUUUAGGUGGAAGUGUCUUUGGCUUGUUAAGCAAGAACAGUCGUUUUGGCAGGAACCCAGUUGUGCUCUUGGGCAUUUUUGUGCAUUUUGUAGCUUUUUAUUUAAUUUUUCUUAACAUUCCCAGUGAUGCCCCAGUUGCUCCUCUUGAAGGAACUGAUAGCAAUGCUUAUAUCAGUUCAAGCAAAGAGAUUGCCCUAUUUUGCAGCUUUCUGUUGGGUCUUGGAGAUAGCUGCUUUAACACCCAAUUAAUUAGUAUUUUGGGUUUCCUUUAUUCAGAAGAUAGUGCACCUGCCUUUGCGAUCUUUAAGUUUGUUCAGUCCGUCUGUGCAGCAGUGGCAUUUUUCUACAGCAACUACCUUCUACUUCAUUGGCAACUUCUGGUCAUGGUGAUAUUUGGCUUUUUUGGAACUCUUUCCUUCUUCACUGUGGAAUGGGAAGCUGCUGAUUUUGUAGCUCGAGACUCAGAGUACAGAAGCAUUUGAUCUCACAUUUAAAGCAUUUUUGUUUAAAAAACUUGGCAGAGUGGGAAGAAAUUCAAGGUCUCAGAAGUUUGAAUGAAGGAACUCCUGUCAGCUUAAACAGUAUAAUGGAUGGCAUCAAUCAUUGUGGAAAAAAAGACUCUCAGCCAAAGUUGGUCAAGUUUACAGACAUAGGAUAUUUAAAGGUUGCAAUAAUGAGACAUUUUUUGAACCAUUUUUGUUGGAUAAAUUCUGUUUCUUAUAAUUGUGUUAUUGUUCCUCUCCUAUUCUUAGCUAUUGAACAUGUAUCUUUUAAAGAUUCCUGCUGUGCAUGGAGUAUGUUUUAUUAUUAUACAGUAUUGAAAAAUAGCUAUAACACAGGACCAUGUGUCUGUGAGAAUUAAAUUUAAAGUUUUAGGAGCAGGCUCAAAUGGAAAUCUCAGCUUUCAAAAGGUUUAUACUUUAACUUCUAUUAAACAUGUUGCUCACUAAUCCCUUUUUCAAAUUACAGUUUGUAGUAGAGGCUGAGUUUUAAAAAUCAAAGCAAAGGAAAAUUAUUACCAAGUUAUAGAUUGUAAGGAGGCUUUAAAAAAGCAGUAAACUAAGUGAUAUAAUGAACAAAAACAUAGCAACUAUGUUAGACUCUUGCCUGUAGUUCUCCUGGAAGAUAUUAUACAAAAUGUCCAUUAUGUGCUCGUAACGUUUGCACUCUAGUCCUGGAUUGCCAUGGUCAAUGAGAAAAAGAAGUUUUUCAAAAUUAUUCCUUAUUUUCUUCAAUUAAAAUGCUAGAGAUAUCUAUAGAUCUUUGAGAGAGAAAUUUAAAUAUUGAGGGAGGUACUCAAGUGGAAAUCUUGACUAUCUCCCUGUAUUUAUUUUUAAAUAGAAUAUUUAAUGUUCAGAUUGAGAAUUUUUAUUAUAAAGUUGUCAGCCACAGUCUGAAAGGCAGAAGGGAAAGAAAGCCUGCAUUUGAUUAGAAUUUAAAAUUCAGCAAAUAUUUUAAUGUAUGUACUAUGUUUAAGGUACUACUAAACACUAGAAUCAGGAAAAUUGAUUUAAAAGUACUGAAUUAGCCGUUUUCUGCCAUAUUAAUAAGGUUGUAAAAGUCUCUAUGAUAUCUUAUUGACUUAGGUUAAGUACAAUUAGUAACCAUAAAGGAUAUUAAUAAUUGUUAAGUGCAGUUUCAGAAGUAGCAUGAAAUAAGAUAUACUGAACCAUGUUUUAUUUACCUAGGUCUUAAAGUUGUCUAUGGUUAAGAUGAAAAAUUCCUCCAAUAUAUUUCCUCAGGCCACUUAGUGUCCCAAUCUCCUCCCUUGUCCCUUUGUUUGCAAUGGUUUUUCACAGCUGUAGAAUAAAAAUGCUAAGAAGCUCCUGAGCAUUGUAAUUUAGGGGGAUAUAAUUCAACCCAAAUACUGUAGUAUUUAUCAGCUGUAGAUUGCUAGUAGUGUUGUCAAGAAGGGAAUGAAAGUGAAUAACUCAAUUGAUUAGAAACUUAAGUUUUCCCUGACUGCCACUGAUUUGCUUUGUGCUGAAUAACUCACUUUAAAUUUUGUACUCAGUUUUCACAUCUAUAAAUGGGGAUAGCGACCUUACAGAUUUGCACAAGGGAUCUUUGGAUGAGAGAUGGGGAGUACUACUAUUUAAAUUUCAGAAAAAUAUGGGGCAAGGUUAAUAAAGUAUUGACAAAGCUUUUCACUGUGUAGCUUUAUAGAAUCAGUCUCAUCAUAGUCUCAUUCAGAGAUGCAGAGAUGCUAUGAUUUGAUCUUCCCAUAAUAUUUUUGUGAGCACCAUGUGACUUCAUUUUAACAUUUCAAAUUUAAUAUAUUAUGUGUAUAUUAAAAAUUUUAUUGACA